AUGACUGCCUCGCGCAUCUCGCUGAGCCCGCUCCUUGACCAGCGCAUUCUAAUGAUGUUUCCGAAGCAAGAGCGGUCCAAUGCAUGGAGCUACGUCCGCUCCUACGCAGCCUACGGCUGGGGCAUCGGGGCAUUUGUCGCGUCACUUGUCUUCCUGUACACUGGUAGCUGGGUGGCUGUGACCAUGCAGUACUUACUCGGCCAGAUCGGCUUGGCGUACAGCAUGGUGGUGAUAAAACCCUACGAGCGAACUGAGCGCGUGCCGGUGCACUUUGUAGAGGUGCUGAAGGUGCUCAGGGCCAACAAGCGGCUAAUGCUAUUCUUAUUUUCAUCGACGAUGAUGGGCACUGGGUGCAGUUUCAUCGACAACUUUCUCUUUCUUGGCGAGCUCGGCGGGUCCGAGGUACUGAUGGGCUUCACCGUCGCCCUCACCGCAAGUACCGAAAUUCCGCUUUUCCAAAUGUCGGCGCGGCUGCGCCAAACACUCACAGAGCGGCAGAUAACGGCAAUCGCCAUGAGUGUCUGGUCAUUCCGGGUAGUAUGCUACACCAUGCUAACAAACGCGUGGGCGGUGCUUCUCAUCGUGCCCAUGCGCGGUGUGGCCUUUGCCUUCGCUUGGCUACCGUCCCUGCGGAUCGUCUCUCGCGCCUUCCCGCUGGGGUUCCCCGGCGGCCGGAUCGCUUGCGACCCCCGCGCCGUGUUGCCCCGCCCGCGGAGGCACCCGCGAGGACCACCUGCCCUGCCCCCAGGCCCACGAGGGCGCCAUGCCGGCGGGGGGGGGGGGGGGGCAGUGCCGGCCGAUCCUUCGGCGGCCGAGAUCAUAGGCCGGACAGCGGCUCCGCAACCGCGGAAGGCGGCGACUGCAGUUUUUUCCGCCCCUCUGGCGGCGCGGCGCCACCGCGCGGUUUCGGAAAAACGCGUGCGACGGGGGGCGGCCCCCGAAAAAAAAAGAACGAUGUGGCCACGGGCGGGCCGCCCCCCGCGCCGAGGCCCCCCCACCACCACCAUCCCGGAGGCCGGGCGUUAG